AUGGGCUUCCACAAGUCCUCCAUGGACAUCAAGCUCAGGAAUGGGCACGUCCUCUGCGCAUACUGUCGCCGACCAACCGGCGAAGCCAUCUACUCAGAACUGGAUCUGAAUGAGUUCCUGGGAGCUAAGAAGGGAAAAUUCGCGUGGAGCGCCGAGAACUUCUCGUCCAGUGCGUCAGACGUCAACCUGCAGUUCGAAGGCCCAACCCACGAACCGAUCCUGCACGCGCAACUCUGCGAUGGGAAUGGCGCGCGGCAUGAGGACCGGGUGAAUCUGGCGGAUUGUAUCAAGAACGAGGAUGGGCAUCUGCGAUUCAUGGAUUGUUUCUAG